AUGGUGGGUAAACAUCGGCAAGCCUCGUCUCAACCGCCUCAACCUCCUGCACCUCCUCCACCGAAUCUUCCACGGCGAUCGCUGAAGCAGGGUCUCAAAGACGUCUUUCUCCGAACUCUACGGAAAUCACCCGAACCACCAGCUGGUACACCCACUCUCGGUUCUGGUAUAUUGCGUCGGGCAGAGUCAUCGGCGUCCUUUUUCCCGUCGACGACCACAUUCUCCUCACUCGAACCUCCCGGGAGUCGACCUAGCCUGGAAGAAUUCACCGUUUCGCACACCAUUCCAAAUCGAUUUGACUCCACCAUCCAUGUGUCGCCUCGCAGACGGCAUGGACGACAGUCACUACUUCCAGCCACGAGCCUCAGCCAGUUCAACCUCCAUAAAUCUUACCUCCAGCCACUCACGGGACCCCAACGAACUGUCCACGAGGCCAUGUCGCCCUCGUUGCUAUCGGUCACGAGUCGGCAGGCGAGUCUGGCCAGUUUCUCUACCCUGUCAACUGUUUCCAGCGCCUCCACUUUGAGAAUCCAGGAGUCGCGUGAGUCGAUUGCCCCGUCACAAGCGGGUGCGGCUUCACAUAGGAACCCUCCAGCACCGGCAGCCAGAGCUCGAACCAAGCAUGUCUCAUGGCUGCACUCACCUACUACAAGUUCUGUCUCCGUGGCGGACUCGGGAAACCACACCGACGACCCAACCGGCCUCAGAUUGGUAGAGCACUUCAAAUCAUUUUGCAUCCUCGACACCGCGGUGACUGGACUUCCCGUUGUCGCCACAUCCAAAGAACUUCGCUACAUCUUCGACGUGGGCGAACACUUCUUCCUGAACAAUUGUGAAUGCGAAGGUGCUUCAAUGGACAUCGUAACCGGUCAAGAUGCAGCAGGGGACCCAGUCACUCAUCUUGUAUUGUUCACACCUCUAAUCAUUCCCAGCAGUGGCCGCAGCCGUUUCAUGCUAGCUUGCCUGAUUGAUGUCACGCAAUUCAUUAAUGACACGGCGUCACUUCCCGAACUCGACCAUGAGCUCGAAACGUCCACAAUAGACAGUGGAGUGCAGACACCAUUACAAGAUCGGAGAGACCUGGGUUGGAUCGGGCGCAGCUACAAACUCUCUGCCGAAGAUCUCCUUGGUGGUUGCAUGUUAGCCAGCGACCGGGAUACGGCGGCCAGACCACCCAAGCACGACGAGAUGUCGGAGGAUAUUUGGCUGAAUUUAGCGAAUGAGGAAAGGAGCAGAAGAUCGUCGCCCAGAAACACAUCCAGCUCGAAGCCGAAGAUGAGCCCGGUUGCAAGGUCGAAUGCAUCUCACACUUCGACGACCAGCAGCACCGUGGACGACGUGUUGGGCGAGUUUAUGAGCGACUUGCAGGAGCUCUAUUCGGACUUCUUCCUUUUAGGCAAAUCUCCGCUUGAUGACACCUGUUUUGAGAUCUGCAACGUUUCACCUCUGCUCUAUUCCUCCAAAGAAUACAUCAACGGACACCUUUCUCAGACCAACGCACAUCAAAUGGCUGAAUUGAGCGCAUCUCUGGGCCGGGAGACGCCAUUCAGCAUACACGUAAAAUGGGGCCCACAGGGACUGGACAAACGGAUGUAUUGUAGUCCAAUGUACACGGCAAAUUCCAUCACGUGGAUUUGCUUCCUGGUGAAUUACCAGUUGCCAAUGAUAUGGUGA